AAAAAACCCAAUGGAGGAAUGAGAGUCCGGAAAAAAGCAGCAGCAGCCCACAGUAAUCUUACAGUAGUCUGUCGACGUGGCUCAGUUUUAGAUCAACCAAAAAAUUCUCCGUUCUUCGGUUUCUUUCUUGUUCGUCAAUCAAUCAAGACAACAAUUGCGAUUGUGUAUAACUUAUCACUAAUUUUACUGUACAUGCCCGUUUAAUUUAAUCGAAGAAUUUCUUACAAACCCAGACAUUCAUCGGAGCUGUGCAGUAAAACAAUUUGUUCUGCAAGAAUUUUGAUGAUCAAUUGAUUCGAUAUAUUUAGGGUUUUUGAUUUGGGUGAGAGUAAUCCAAAAUCCAAUAAAAAAAAGUUGGAUCAAAGAAAAUGGCGAACGAAUUGAGAAGAAUGUUGGGAAAUGUGAGAUCAUUUGUGGGAAAUGCAACGGGAGGUUUACGGGGAGGUCCAAACUUUGCUGCAUGGAUAGUAGCUGGUACUAUGGCUUAUUAUCUAUGGAUUAAACCAUCUCAAGAACUCAAGCGUCAACAGGAGGAAAGGGCUGCACUUGCUGCUGCAACUCCUGAUCCUUAUCGAUAUGUUGAGAAGCGAAAACCAGUUCCUGAUCCUCAAGAAACCGGGUUAAUAUACGGCAACAAGAAUAAAACCAAGGACUCUGUGAGUGAGGGUUGAUGCUGUUUACAAAAUGUUAGCUCCUUUUAUAAACAGAAACAGGUUGACAUGCUUGUGGAGGCCUGAUGCUGAAGGUGGAUCUGUGAUGAUGGGAUGAGAAUGAUGGAGAAAAAUGCAAUAGUCGAAAAUAUGCUGAAAUCUCUAUUUGUACUGUCAAAACCUUUAUCGAAUUCAAGAUGGAUCUCAAUCUUAAAUAUUUUUGAUGUCAUUCAUUAUCAUUACCCCAUUGCCUCCUGCAAGAAGCGGGGUAAGAGGGAGUCGGACGUACGCAACCUUACCCCUACAAUUGCAGAGAGGUUGUUUUCGAUUGACCCAACAUCAAUACCAGGACGACCAUCUUUUACUUCGUGAAAUCACGUCUGCAAAUAAAUUUGUGGAUGGAGAAUGCAUGUUGGUUUGGCAGGAGUAGAUUUUGUAUUGACUGUUGUUGGUGCUAUGUACUUUGUCCAAAACUGUAUGACUUGUAUGCCAUUAAUUCGUAUGGUAACUACAGGUAUAUAUGUACAAGUAUAAUGUUAUCUAGAUUCACUGCUUGUCGGCACACACGAGAGGAUCCUAACACACAAAACAGGAGUUGGUACAACUCAAGUGUUGCAGGUUUGCUUACUAAAAAAACAGGCAGCGUAACGCAAAUUAUGGCUGUGGUAUGAAUUAUAAUGAUGAAAUUCAAAGGCAUUAGGUUCGGUUCUGUUAAUGAUGAAUGAUGAAUGAUUAAAAGAGGGGGAUGAUUUAUAUGAAGAUGCAAAGUCAUGGAGAUAUCCCCACCUCAGAAUGAUAAGUCAAGGACUUCCGCAUACGACAAACAAACACGAGACUCUUUUAAAUACUUUUUUUUUUAUAAUACUUCAGUAAAGCAUAAUACAAACACGAGACUCUUUUAAAUUUCUAAAUCCUUGAGUAAAGCAUAUGUAGGAAACCAAAUCAGGGGGAUUCAUUUUGUCGGACAUCAUC